GGGGAAGCGCAGCGAACUCGACAGGCGGAGGACAGUAACAGCGGUAGCAGCAACGGGGACGUGGCCUGUCCAUAUGCGAACGCGAAGACAUGGUUCGACCUCACUAUCGAGCGCGCGUCGACGACGCCACCACCUCUCGUGCCAGCGUCGGGCCCACCGGCAACACCAAGACCAGACCGCCCACCGCCCACCCACCUGCAGCGCAACCUUCCCUCGUCCACCAUCGGUGGGCCGGCACACUGCCAUAGGAUAACUCUGCAUUAUCUCGACACGCCUCCUCCCGGCGAACACUCUGCGGAGGCACAAGAGCUCGAGAUGCAGGGGCGAGGGUGGCGUUCCGCCGACGGGGAGCUGGUGAGGGGCCUGAAGUAUGGAGACAGGCUGGCGCUGUGGGUGCACGCGAGGGGUACGGGAGUGUUUUGUUUCGUGCAGAGGGUGAGGGUGAAGGUUUGGUGGGCUGUGUGACCUAGUGGCGCAAGGUGUUGGUACUUAGUCACUCAAGCGUCUGGGCCGGACACGGCUUGUCUGAUCCAGCGUUGUGUCUUCCAUGAGGCAGCUGUGC